AUGAGGAGUGGCCGCGACGGCGCUGCCGAGGGCCAGGUCAGUGAAGAGCAGCAGAAGCGUGAAGAGGAAGAGCAGCGAAAGCUCAUCGGCUACAACGAGGCCGCGAAGACCUUCAAGCGCUUCAGGCCUGACUUCAAAUGUGGAAGCCGCGUUCCGCUGCUCCCCGAUGAG